AUGUUUACCGUACCAGGAAGUGUACCUCACACGACUACUCUUAUUACAUUUGUAACUCCAACUUGUGCAAAGGAGUACCUCUCGUAUGUUUCUGAGCAUGGGUUCUUCCUCAGUGAGAGACUACCUCCUGGCUACGCUAUCGGCGAUACGCAGGAUGAGUGCAUUUAUACCUCCCCUGAUUCUCAGUUUCAAUGCCUUUUUAGGCGUAGUCCUCAUGUGAUAGUCAAGCCAUGGCUUGGUCCUGGGAAGACUGAUGGGAAGUUUAUUACUGGAAAUGAAGGUGGCUACUGCAAUGUUUCUCGCGAGAUUGAAAAAGGGGCCACAAGGAGCUUAAGAAUCAUCCCUGGGAUAGAGCCUAAAGAGCUCCAGAGAACACUGAGCUACCUUGCUACUGAGCUGAAAGUUGAAUCGUGCCGUCUUACUGCUUUAGCAUCAGCGAAAGUAUUGGCCACAACGAUCUGUUUCUGUUCUGUACAUGAUGCGGCGAUAUUCAAGACCUAUCUCACCUCCCAGAAAGCGUUUUCGGGUCCCGACGGCAGGUUCGUCAGAUACGUUAAAAGUCCUACAGACAAACCCAUAGAGAACCUUGGCUGGCAUAACGUUUCAAAACCUAAGCUAAUUGAGAUACUAUCCGUGGGCCGCGGUGUGACUCUUGGUAUGCCCGAAGUAAACGACAACAUGUACAAGAGUCUGCCAAAGAACGAUUUAUGUCCUUUCAUCGCGGUUGGCGAACUUGAUAACUACCGCUGUAUCGUUGAACAUUCAGAGGUAGAAGAGAGUGAUACCGAUAUUGACGAUAGAGAGAUUUCCUUUUCUCUCGCAAAAGAAGCGUUCCUCCCAUAUAUAUCAACCAGUUCAAGUAGGAUUUGUCUCACGAAUCUAUCUCAUACACCCAGGGAUCACUCUCCACCCCGCCCGAGGCCAGAAAUUCACCCUGGUAUUAGAGACGAAGAAAGAGAUGGUUACAGACCGAUAGUUGAUGAAUUAAUUUCACCAUCUUUAGAGACAAACACUUACCUUCCCGAUGAGAUUGACCGAGACAGCGAGAGUUAUCGACAUGAGGUGAUAACUCCCAAAGAAGCAGAACCCAAGAGAGAUGUAUAUCUGAAAGAGAUAUAUCAAUCAUCUAGAGAUCCAAUAGUUGCAGUAAACAUAGUGAAUUUCAAACCUUCUAUGCUGGUGGUCGGCUCUUUUCGCCCAGACUCCGGGGAAAUGUCUUCAUCUUUUAACGAAGUACUGCUUUCAAUACCCCUUAAUAAAACUGCAAGGCUUAGAACCUCUCAACUUGACGAAAUAGGCCAAAUCCAAGAUGUGCCAUGUGUUGCAACUCAAGCUGAAGUCUUAAUCUAUCGGAGCCCUUCACCAAGAAAGGUAGAGGUUGAGAUCGCGAAUGAGCUUGAGCCCGAGCUUAAUCUCGAAAAGAAUGCUUUAAAACUCUUGGACAACAAUCAGGCCCGGCCAGGGCCAAACUCAAGCGAAGGUUCUACUGAGAAUUUCCUUCAAAACACACCACCUCUUCUAGAUAAGGAGCUCCUUGAGAGCUGGAUGGAUGAUUUCUAG